CUUCUCCCCCGGUUAUAGCAGGGUCCAGGCUGCCUGCGAGGGACAGGGCGAGAUUGGCUGCGGACUGUACAGAUCAGCCAAAGAACGAAGUAGUGUCUCUCUCUCUCUCUCUCUCUCUCUCUCUCUCUCUCUCUCUCUCACACACACACACACACACACACACACACACACACACUCUCAAAACUCGGACCUGCCGCACCACUCCAAUCUCUGGAAAAGGCAAGCGAGCGCCCUCCGGACCGCUGCGCGCACCCGUGCUCCGGCACUGCGCCCAACGCAGCGCUAGUGCCUUUCCCCAGCGCGGCCGCUUCGGCCCGGUGUUCUGGAAGAUAAAGAGGGGAGGGAGGAUAGAGACAGAUCCUGAAAACACCCCGGCCACACACGCCGCGACUUAAGCUCGCUCUCCGCGUACAAGUGAGGACGGCGCCUGCAGCGCCCUGCCCUGGUGAGGUCCGCGCGGCUGCCGGGCAAGAGCCCACCUGCCGGUCUGCGAUCAGCGGGCGCAAAAAGUGCGUCUGGUCGGCGUCCUGCUCAAGCAGCGCCUGGCGCUCCCGGCGCCCUCGCCCCCGCUAAUUCGAAGUUCAACGCUCCGCUCUGUCGCGGGCCCCUCGCGGCCUCGGAGUGUCCCCCCGCCACGCGGGGAGCGGACGCGCGGCGCCGGGAGCUCGCUAUGGCUGGGGCGCGCAGGCUGCUCUAUCUGUGGCUGGGCUGCUUCUGCGUGAGCCUGGCGCGGGGAGAGAGACUUAAGCAGAAUUUCCCUGAGCUCCACAAGGCUGUGCCAGGCGACCGCGCGGCAGGUGGUGGCUCGGGCCCCGUACUGCCCCCGCACGACAAGGUGUCGGAGCACAUGCUGCGGCUCUAUAACAGGUACAGCGGCGGCGGCAAGGCCGAGGCGGAACCGACACCGGGGUCCUCCGAGCGCGGCUCGCAGCCCGUGCGCCCGCAGCCCCUGCGCGAAGGCAACACGGUUCGCAGCUUUCGAGCCGGAGCAGCAGGAACCCUUGGAAGCAAGGGACUGCACAUUUUUAACCUGACUUCUCUCACCAAGUCUGAAAACAUUUUAUCUGCCACACUGUAUUUCUAUGUUGGCGAGCUAAUAAACACCAGCCUGAGUUGUCCAGUGUCCCGAGGAUGCCCACAUCAUGGUCAGAGAAAACACAUACAGAUUGAUCUCUCUGCAUGGAUCCUUAAAUCUGACAGAAACCAAAGUCAACUCCUGGGUCAUCUUUCAGUAGACGUAGCCAAAUCUCACCGAGACUUUGGAUCCUGGCUGUCAAAAGACAUCACUCAACUGCUGAAGAAGGCCAAGGAAAAUGAGGAGUUCCUCAUAGGAUUUAACAUUACCUCCAAAGGACACCAGCUGCCAAAGAAAACGUUACCCUUCCCCGAGCCUUAUAUCUUGGUGUACGCCAAUGAUGCUGCCAUUUCUGAGCCGGAGAGCGUGGUAUCGAGCUUACAAGGACACCGUAAUUUCCCCACCGGAGCUGUGCCGAAACUGGAUAGCCAUAUCAGGGCCGCUCUCUCUAUCGAACGGAGGAAGAAGCGCUCUGCCGGGGUCCUGCUGCCUCUGCAGAACAAUGAGCUUCCUGGGGCAGAAUAUCAGUAUAGGGAGGAGGGGGUCUGGGAGGAGAGAAAGCCUUACAAGACCCUUCAGACUCAGGCCCCUGAGAAGACUAAAAACAAGAAGAAACAGAGAAAGGGUCCUCACCAGAAGAGCCAGACGCUCCAGUUUGAUGAACAGACCCUGAAGAAGGCCAGAAGAAAGCAGUGGAUUGAGCCUCGGAAUUGUGCCAGGCGGUAUCUUAAAGUGGACUUUGCAGACAUUGGCUGGAGUGAAUGGAUUAUCUCCCCCAAGUCUUUUGAUGCCUAUUACUGCUCCGGAGCAUGCCAGUUCCCCAUGCCAAAGUCUUUGAAGCCAUCAAAUCACGCUACCAUCCAGAGUAUAGUGCGAGCCGUGGGGGUCGUUCCCGGAAUUCCUGAGCCUUGCUGUGUGCCGGAAAAGAUGUCCUCACUCAGUAUCUUAUUCUUUGAUGAAAAUAAGAACGUGGUACUGAAGGUGUAUCCUAACAUGACAGUAGAGUCUUGUGCUUGCAGAUAACCUGCAGAGAACUCACAUGAAUGCUUAAUUCAAUCAUUAGUUUAUUUAAUGGACUUGCCCCCCUUUUUUUGCACUGCCAAUGCAUUUCAUCCCAAAAGAUUUUUUUAGAGUUGAAGAGAAUGAGCAAGUAGACUGACGAUUUCCACCAAGGAGAACUGGAUUGCAUUUGUUUCUGAAUGUAACUCAACACAAGAUUUUAGUAAAUGUGGACAUUUAUUUCUUUUUUUAAAAAAAUCACAGAAGAAAAAUGAUCACGCAAACUGUUUUUAGACCUAUUAGAGGACACACUGAUUUAUUUUUGUAAUGGGCUUUGAAAAUAGGUUCGGAAAACACCAAUAGUUUAUCACUUAUCUCUACUCACAGAGAAUAGAAACAUUUCGUAUUCUGAAGUAGACUUAUUGCCAUAGAUUCCUGAACAACUCAGCAAGUGCUAAAUAACCCAAUCAAUGUUUAUGUUCAUCUGAGAAAUGUUUAAGACUUGUUUACCUGUGUUUUUCCUCCACGUGUAGUUGUGUGAAUAGAUGAGCUGAGAGCGUUUGUGCCGAGUGGUGGUGUGUGUACCUGUGUCCAUUGCCGGAUGCCUGGGCCCCUCUGUAGGAAGGUUUGUUUAGCGUGGUUUUAUAAUUCAGUCUGCACAGAAUUCUUCGUUUGUUUCAUUUCAUGUCCUGGCAAGCACCAUUCAAUUAUGAGAACUUUACCAAAAAGGGGAGAGUGAUCCAAGAGCAUAUGCAGAGAGUUACCACUUGGCCCAGCCAUUCGGUUUGAAAUACAGUUGUUUUCAUUUCGUUCCCUCCUAGAAAAGGGAACCAGCAACCCAAUUUUCAAAAACCCAGAUGGAAUUGCCCUUCUGUCCUUCUUUGUCACAAGUACCUUCAUUUAUUCUUUUAAGUUGAAUUCAAAAAUUCAACUAAAUUUUUUUAAAAUUUGAUUAAAAUUUUAGUUCUCUUGACAUGCCUUGACUUCCUGUGAAGUAAUCCGUGGAUACCGGGGCUCAAAACCUGAUGGAAUAUCGGAGAUUCCUUUAAAUGAUCAAAUUAAUCACAAUCACAUGUCGAAUAUCAUUCUUCGGCCAGAUGCAGGUCCAGGCACCUUUUCACGUGAAUCAAGGCUCAGCCACGGACUCUAUGCUUCAGCGAAGCUCACUAAAAAUCAUUCACCAAAAAAAAAGGAAGUCAAACAUAGACACUUCGUUUUUUCCUAUUUCCAUUUGUCAUAAAUACCCUCCUAUAAUUUGCCCUUGAAAACUUGUUCAAAAUCUCUCUUGCUAUGUUGAUGUGUGACAAAAACGUUCUCAGACCACGGCUUGGUGACGCUGUCAUACCCGUGGUGAAUGGCCGUCUUCGUUGAAUCUCACCCGGUUAGAGGCGACUAAGCCACUGCACAGGCCGCGAACUAUCAGAAGACAUGGGGUUUUAUUCUCUCUACCUAGAGCUACCUAUCUUGGUUCAUCAUUUAAUAAAUAUGUAUUGAGCAUUUAUUUUGCAAAAGGCACUGUGUUAACCGUGUCUUUAGCACCCUCACUGGUAAAAUGAAGAGGUUGACUAGUUGAGCCAGAAGGCCCUUCUGACAUGGAAAGCUUUGGGCUUAUAACACUGGCUAUUUCAUACACAUCUUCCUUGAAUGGAUGAUACCGAUAGAUCUAAAAACUCUGCAAGUGUCCCUGUCCCUAAACCAAAGGCAAGAGCACCCUCGUCUUCAGUUUCUGGGAGUGAGUAUGGAAUUCUCGGUGGUUUCAGUCAUAUUUCUAGAACUUAUUAGAAAUGCAUUUAAAGAACAUUACCACGAAGAGAAGCUCUUUGAUGCUUUUGGAAUACACAGAGGUUGGCGCGAGUGUGUUUUAGCUCCGUGAAUGAGACACACUAGUUCUGAACAAUCAGUGAAGCUCUGGGGCCUGAGUUACUGUGGUUUCUCAGAGUUCAUUUUUUUUAUUCUGGCAGCACUAUGCUAAAUAUUUGAAAUGAGAUAUGUGAUGGAAUUACCUUUACUAAACUUAAUCAAAAAUUUGAAAGCAAAAUUAUAUAAUAGAAGUGAGCCGAUAUGUGGCCACCCUAUCCUGGGCAUACCAUCUUUCAAUAAAGAAAACUUUUUCGUUGGUAGAAAUGAUGAAAUUCUAUAUUUAGUUUUAUCUCCUAGCAGUUCCCAGCAUUACUUUUCAGCCUUCAUUCCAGAUGUCUGUUACCUUUCUUAUUUUAAUUGAUGACUACUUACUACAGAUUAAACCCACAAUGGCCAGAAAAGCCUCUAAAUAAUAAAAAAACUAUGAGUACAAACUAAGUAAAAUUUUAUUUUAAGUAGCAGUUUAUAUAACAAAAUUACAACACAAUUAAAGAGCUUGGUAGUCUUUCAGCAAUCAAAAUAUUUUUUGACCAGUAGUCAUUUCUGGGUGGCCUUGUAACCAUCAUUUCACUGCCACAUUGAAGAAAUGUUAUGCUAUAAACAGGAAAAGUUUUAUUCCCCCCAAAAUAAAGGAAGAUUUCUUUUCAAUCAAGGGGGUUGAAAAAAUGAAAUAUUUUAACUAAAAAAAGUUUACUUGAAAUAGUUGGAAAAUUGAGUGACAAUUUCACAACUUCUUAGGUCCUAGUGUAUGCAUAAUUUUUACAUAGACUUUUUAUAAAUUUCCUGUUAUAAAGAUGGCAAUGGUGUAAGAUGAGAAAUUAUGUUUAAAAAUGACAUUUCCUAAAUCAUGCAUCUCUGUGUCUCCCUCUUCUCUCUCUCCUGUUCUCCCCUUGUCUUUCCCAACCGCCACUCCACCCCCAUUCCUAGAUGUGACUCGCACGCACGCACGCGCGCCCACACACACACACACACACACACAGAGUCACUGAAAAAGUGAUUUUUUUCUCAAUAAAUGUUCUCUUAAAUUCAAAUUCAGGGGCUGCUGAUGUCAAUAUAGCAUUUUCAAAGUAUCUUAUUGUAAACGGUGUAGAUAAUAUACAAUUUAAAGGAUUUGGGAUUGUGGAAUUUAAACUGGAAGAUUGGAUUCCCCAGAUCUCAGGACUAUAAUACUCCAGAUACUUUUUUACCCUCACCUAGCUAUAUAUUGACUGAGGAUCAUUUAUUCAUUGAGAUAAGAUUUUUUACCUUAAUAUUUCUGGAACAACUCAUGUCACCUGUUUGAUAUUUUUAUAGACAAUCAUAUGUGUAUAAUACUAUUAUCAGUCUGCCAUAAAUUUUUUUUCUAUAAUUACAUUAUUCAGUUUAGUCUUUCUGCUUUCACUUUUCUCUGUGCUAACAAGUAACUAAUAUCCGGUUAUUGACUUCUUGUUGAAUCAAGUUUGGGUUAAAGAAUAGCUACGCACACUUGAUGUGUAAGAUUGGGUACGUAAUUAAAUAAGAAAGCUUGGGUAAAUCUGACUUCUCUGUAUAGCUUUUUUCCCCUUGAGAAUCCUAUUUUAAUGUAGCUUAUAGGUGAUUAAAUGACCCCCCUUUUCUAAAAACCAAGCCUUCCCUCAGCUUUUCACACAUUUUUUUCUGUAAAUGUUUUAGUCCAGAAUUUAAUGCUUGUACAGUUAACGGCAAUUUAAAAUAUAUAUUAUAUAUAUAUAUAUAUAUAUAUAUGGAAAACUUUAAAGAUGCUUUUAAUUUAUUUAAUGACUGUUGCUUUUCUAUAAUGGUAAUUUUCAUCCUAAGAUGGUGAGAAAAAAUUCUUUUUACUAUAGUUAUGACCUGCAAAAUGAAAUUUGGUUCUUUCGUCAAAUCCACCAACGGGGCCCGUUGCAGUGAAACUGUGCAGGACACCUCACUACUGAUGGAUAAGCUUUGCCGACUUUGUAUCAUUUUCUUCCAGUAAUGGAGAGCUUUUCAUUAUACAGUAUGAAAAUAAAAAUGGCUUAAUUGAA